UUUGUGUAUUAAUAUCUCCUUUGAAAAUUAAUGUAGUUUUGUAUGUACACGCCGAAUUAUUUAGAAGUACUUCCAACUUUAAAAAUCGAUUUUCAAGAGAUGGCACCAAUCAAGAAUUACUGCAUAUAACAGAUAAAAUAACCCUAUGCUCGGUUACCAAGUCGCCAUUACUGUAUGAACGAGAGAGAAGAUGGGUGUAAUUGGACAGUUCCUACUCGACAACGCUACUGUAUUAUAGGAUAGGAUGCUGUUCCAGGCAUUUAUUCUCCAAAGAUAUAGCGGAUCAGUUUAAUCAAAGUAUAGCACCUUACUAAUUUAAAAAUGAAAGUGUUUUGGUUUAUAUUGUGUUUAUUAUUGACAUUUUUUGAUUACGCGAUUGGUGCAAAAAUCCUUGCCGUUUUUCAUGCACCGAGUUUUAGUCAUUACAUUUUAGGUGUAAAGUUACUCAGAGCUGUUGCAGAAAAGGGACAUCAUGUCACCAUGAUUAGUCCGUUUCCACUAAAAAACCCGCCAAAAACAUGGAGAGAUAUCGUACUUGAAGAUCUUACAAAAGGAUUUAGUUUUGGCAAUAUUCUCAAUCUGGUCACGAUGUCCAGUUACCGAAAAGAAAUAAUGAUCAAUGCGGCUGGAUCGGAAUUGGUACAAAGAGUUGUGACACAUCCUUCAUUCAAGAACGUGAUCAAUUCAAACGAAACGUUCGAUUUGAUUGUACUUGAGAGAUUUAUGAAUGAAGCAUUAUUAGGACUUUCACAUCGAUUCAAUGCUCCUUACAUAGUACUUAGUUCGACUGGAUAUUCGAGAAGGACGAAUGAAGUGGUUGGUAAUCCUGGAUCUACUGCUUACACCCCUGAUUUAUAUUUACACUACGGCUACAACAUGACAUUAUGGCAAAGAUUCCACAACACAUUCUUUUAUUGUUUUGCAAUGUUACAUAAACAUCUUGUCGUACUUCCGAAACAUAGAAACAUCCUAAAGGAGACAUUUCCGGAUGCCCCUUCAUUGGAGGAUUUGUUUUACAACACGUCUUUAAUCCUACUGAAUGCCCAUGUCAGUGUGAAAUAUGCGGUUCCAUCUGUUCCAAAUAUGAUUGACAUCGGGGGAUUUCAUGUUAGUCCUCCGAAACCAUUAUCCGAAGAACUUAAAAAGUAUAUGGAUGAUGCCUCCGAUGGUGUUAUUUAUUUCAGCUUAGGGUCAAUAUUUCUGUCGAAAGAUAUGGCACCAGAAAUAAGAAAUACUAUUUUACGGGUAUUUUCGAAACUUAAACAGAAAGUUGUUUGGAAAUGGGAAGACGAAAAUAGUACAUUUUCCAAACCACCUAAUGUGAGAUUUGAAAAAUGGGUUUCACAGCAAGAUAUAUUAGGUAAAUACAGGCCUGACGCUGGAAGCUGGCGGAAAUUUUAAAAUGGCGUGGAUGCGCGGUGGCAAA